GGCGGCGGUUCGGGGCCGGAGCCGAUGGCGGCGGCCGCCCCGCCGGGCGCCGGGGACCUCUGGCAGCUGGCGGAAAAUCUGCUGUGUCAGCUGCAGGAGAAUUUUCAAGCUCUGAGUGAAAAGAUAACGCUGAGAAUGGAAGAAAUGGGCGAGCGCAUUGAUGACCUUGAGAAGCAUGUUGCUGACCUGAUGACAGAGGCUGGGAUAGGAAACACCAACGAAGAGUUGAGAGUAAACACUUAAAUGAGGAUGCGAUCAAGAAAGAUAAAGGGAGAACAGCACCACACUGAAUCUGAGAGUUUACAACCAGCGCCACUAGCCACAAAAAACAUCAGUAAAAACAAAUGUACUUGCAUCGUGUCACGAUACAGUAUUUUUUGUUUCUUUAUUGCCCCAGGAAAAAAGCAGAAAGCUGGGUUUAUUCAUCUAAAUGGGAUGCUGUAUUUCCUGUAAUGGGGAAAAGACCUAGUAGUUUCAGGGAAGGCAAAAGCCCAAUUUUGGAUGGAAAACUAUAUCCUAUAUAGUGAACGUAUCCAGUCAUAAGCUUCAUCAAUGUAUGCAAAUAUAUUUCACUUAUUUUAAUAAUAUUAAAAUUUCCAUCUUA